AGACCAGCGGAACGAUGGCGCCAACAACGACAAAGGUACUCUCCGUGUUGUUGCUGCUAGCAAUCGGUGGUGCGGAGUGUAAUCCUUUUUUCGGAAAUAAUUAUGUGCUACCACAAGGAGCACGUCUCGCGAAUGCGGCAAACGCGGUGGUACGCAAUCUGGACGCAGCCCAAACGCAAGUUCGUGCGUAUUUGAUCAAUCCAACAGCGUCGGCAUUUCUGAACGCUGGAGCUACGGCACUGCGGGAGUACGUCGGCAAUACGACGCUUCUGGUGGGACAAAUGUUCCGAGAGGUGGCACAGGUUGCAGUUGAUCGUACCACAGCACCAGCCGUGGUCUUCACGAGGUUAACGCUCGCGGUCCAAGGUGUGUCCCAGUGGAAUCGAAACGUAUCCCAAUCACUCGAAGUGUUCCAGCAGGUGUUUAACUACGAUGGGAACUCCAACACCGCCAGCUACAUGGAGUCGUUGAGAAAUUCGUUCGCCAAGACCGUUCAGGAUCUGUCGGAAGUGUUGGGGCGAUUGGGUGAUGCCGUCCUGCCGAUUGCUGGACAACCGCUAAACACACAACAGUUCUUGGAAGCAGUAUCAGGGAACGGCACCCUUCAGCAGCUUCAGGAUGUAGUGGAAUCGGUCAUACGCCUUUCGUCCGACUAUACCGCGACUAUAACCAACCUGGUGACGGCAGUUCGUGCGGCCAACGACUUCCAGUCCCGACUGUACUCGUUGCUGCGCACUAACCAGGCAACGAUCAACACCAACGUGGAUCGUUACAGCAGCGCAUCAAACACAUCCUUCUACGGUUUCCUAACCGCGGCCGAUUCUCUGUUCACUCAUCUGAAAGACACGAACGAAAGCUUCGUCUUCCGUUGGCCACUUCUCUUCAGCCCAGCCGUGCAGGAUAAGCUAAAUCUGCUCAACCAAUCCAUCGAUCAUCUGACUUGGAACUUGAUGCAGCGCACUGCUACCGUGGCGCAGAAUUUACAGCACACAAGUGCACUCUUCAAAGAGGGCAACAAUCCACUGAGCUACGUGCGUGAUGAAGCCGACCUGUACACUCGCGUCAUGCUGGACGUACUGUACGGUGAAAACUUCUGUGCAACUGGAUUCGUGACGACGUUCAAUGCGUUACCGGCACAGGUAGCGUCGCUCGUAGCAGGAUGUCUAACUGAGCAGACGAACCUGGAGAGUCAAGGUGCGACGCAGCUCGUAUCGCUAGCGAACGGUUUCCUACGGCCCUACGUUACUGCCAUCUACGGACGACUUAAUAUUUGUUUCCAACAGCCGUUCGACAAGAUGACGGAAUGUUUGGACAAUAUUGUUGAUACCAUCGACUUCAGGGGAAAGUUCUUCUUACUCGACCUGGCCAGUCAACUAUUCUUCGAACAGGUACAACAGGAGCUUCCGUCCUGCAACGAUCGACUUCUGGAGUUUGUUCGGAACUCUGGACUACGCGAGGCUUGCCAGAUCGAGAGCUACGCUCCGUAG